AUGGAGCAAGUCGAAGCGCGGCCUGUGCUGGAUCGCGUAGAGCAGCGCCGUCGGUAUGGACUGGACUGCGGCGACGCUAUCCGCUUCGAAGCCGGGUCCUGGGCGCCGGGCGGUGAGCAUGUGCGGCAGCUCACCGUGCGCAACGUGUCACAACGCACCAUCAAGUUCAAGUACGAGCUUCCGCGCACCAAAUACUUCAGCAUGAACUUCCCCACCGUUAUGACACUUAGUCCAGGCAUGCUCACGACGCUGGAUGUGGCCUUUCGACCAGUUAAACUCGAGGAAUACGACGACUUCGUGGGUUUCCACGUCCAUCUCAUCGAGGGCGGCGUCGCUGCAGUCUCCGGGCGCUUUCGAGUGCCCGUGGUGGCGCGCAUUGCAGCACUCCAAGUGGAGAUCCCGCACGGCAUAGAUUUUGGCUUCUGUCCUACCCAAGAGACCACACUACAGAGCUUCAUGCUGCACAACUGUGGACAGAUCGAUGCUUUAUUUGACUGGACUGUGCCCGCAGCAGGGGAACAUGGAAGACCGUUCGCAGUUCGACCGGAGUUUGGACGAGUGAAGGCUGGGACGAGUAUAGAACUCACUGCGAGCUUCUGUCCUUCUACCGCCUCUGUAUACGUCACCACCACCACCUGUAUUGUCAAGCCAGACACCGCUGAGUCGUAUGCAUCGACACACGUACUGGUAGAAACGAUGAAGAUCAGUGGCAUCAGUAAGUUUACGCAUUUGUCAGCCUCAGAGACAGAGCUAAACUAUGGAGAGGUGCUGGUUGGUGCACCGAAUACAAGCCGCGCUCCGACGGAGAAGGAGUUUAUCUUACGGAACCGCUCGCUAGUGCGUGCCAGCUUCAGUAUUGAAAGCGUCGAGCGUGAUCACGAUCCCAGAUUCUUUUUCUCGCCGUUGAGCGGUGUCGUGGACGCUGAGUCGACAGUUACGAUUAAGGUGCGGUACACUCCGUUGAGCGCAGGUACAUUCACGUGCGACCACUUCGAUAUCUUGACGCCUGGUGGCAAUCGAGUCCGAAUCACAUGCAAAGGUCGAGCUAUUGGCCCCACACUGAGCAUCUGGCGGAAGAAUUUGGAGUCAAAUUUCAUACCUACGCGGUCCGUGAACUUUCACGACGUUCUUGUGGGAGAAAAAGUCGUAUCGCGUGUCAUUACACUGCGGAACGAGUCGCCCGUUGAGAUUUUCUUCCACUUUGAUGCGCAGUCGAAAGGUGUGUUCUGCUUUGACCGAAUCACAGGCAAGAUCCCGCCGUUCUUGGACCUGAACAUCACAAUUUACUUCUCUCCGCCUCACUCUGGAAACUUCUAUCGCCGGUUUUUCCUGCUAGUCCGACAUCAAAGUACACAGUACGUGGAUGUCCUGGGGACUGGAUACGACGAGAAAACGCGUCCGUCUCCUUUCCAACAGGCCCACGUCGACGCGUAUCGUCUUCGUGCUGCAGCAGGUCUUGCACGCCUUUCACCGGAUCAACUGGAGACUUAUCACGAAGAGAAUGGUGACGCUUUGUUCCUCAAAGGCGCACUCCAACGAUCAAAAAGUGAUGAAAUUUUGGACACCAACGAUACCGAUUCAUCCGUAUCGCAGCUCCCUCACCCCAGUCGAAUCCUCACUCGAAGCGGAGAAGCUUCGUUGGCUGACGUCGAGGUUUGUUGUGAAUACUUCAUCAGCAUCGAGGACAAGGCCAACCCGAUAAUAAUUCUUGGUGCGUUUCUGGACUUUGGGAGCUGCGGGAUCGUUCAAUUCCCAUCAAAAAAGAUCCUUCUAGUGACCAACAAUACCCACAGCAAAGUGACUUGUUCAUGGCGAGUAGCCGUGGCACCAGGCCCCUCGAGUGAUGACCAGUCAGUGUUUCAAGUAUUCCCGCCCAGUAGUGACAUCGCCGCUGGUGCUACAGCAGAAUUCCGUGUUGCCUUCCAGCCCUCUCGAGUCAAUACUUACUAUUUCGCCGAGCUGGAAGCAUUUGCUUCCUUCAAGUCCAACCGCACUUUCCGCUUGGUAAAUGUCGAUACGUUUACCCCUCCUUGGUGUUUAGUGGCCAAGACAUGCGGCAACACGUUUGCCUCGCCAACAGAGCAAUUUCUACCGAAGAUCAGCUUCCAAGUGACGAAGAAUAAGGUGAAUUUCCCGCCCUGUUACCUCGGCGAUAGCGUUUUCCAGACAAUUAUGAUCGAGAACGCGAGCGAUACUCCUGCUAUCUUCGCGUUUGUCGAAGAUCCGGCUGAAGUAUUCUCGUGCAAACCCAUGUGUGGCUAUAUUGAAGCCAAGUCUUUCCAUCUCGUGGCGAUACGAUUCACUCCUCGCAACGUGCGAAAGUACUCGUGCUUUCUUCAAUGUAUAGUGAAUAAUGCGCGGGCCAAGCCGGAAGUCUUAGAGCUGACAGGUAUUUGUGCUCUACCGCAACUGAGUUUCCAGGACGUAGAAGCAGGUCAACUAAUCUCUUCCGAGGCCAAAGUGUACGUCAAACCUACCUCUAUACGUCUCCAGUCUGUAAGACAGUUAGAGUUGAUCAACACUUCUCGUGUUCCGCUUGUGUAUCGAUGGGAAUUACCACCGAAACACCAGGACGUGUUCCGAGUCAAACCGAAGCUAGGCAGACUCAACGGGAGAGAAUCAACGUCCAUCGAAUGUUCCUUUACGCCCAACGAGAUCCGCGAGUAUGCCAGUCGAUUUCUUGUGGCUGUCAAGUCCAUCAGUGUGCCACUAGAUCAGCGCAAAAGCCUCAAGAUGAAGAUCCCAGUACUUCAAGAGCUCACUGUUCGAGUGCAAACCAAGGGAACGACAGGGGCGAUUCUAUUCCAGCCGGAAAAUCUCAAGUUCGAAACAAUUCUCGUCAAUUCCAGCUCGAAGCAGACGUUCUUCAUCGAGAACACAGCGGACUGCGACCUCAUGUACUCACUGCAGCAGUCGAUGGUCGUAAAAAACAAGAAAUCUCGACAAAGCGAUGAAAACGAUACGGCCAGUAGCGAUGAAGAUGAACCUGCAUCAACUCCGGAAGGGAAAUUGGUUUUUUCGCAAGCUGAAGGUUGUAUCCCAGCGCAGUCACGGAAGAAGAUCACGGCGAAAUUCUUCCCUACAUCAGCCGGACUGUUUACAUUCGAGGUAUCCUGCAUUGUUGGGAACCAAGAAACAUCAUCUCCUUACGAUACCUGGGGGCGUCCUGAGCUCAAGCCAGCUGCAUGUAUCAUUCAAGCGGAAGCUUCUUUCCCGACUAUCGAAAUUCAGGAUCUGCGUGUGCCUGGCUUGUCGACACAACUAGCCUGGUACCAAUUCCGAUGCAACGAGAUCAAUGAGUAUCUUGCCGAACCGUUAACACAAGAGGAGGAGAAACGAGGUAGUUCAGCAGUCAUAACUGAAUCUGCUGCCCCGGAAUCCGACGAUCUUGGACAAGAGAAUCUGACCCAGCGGUUCGCUCUCCCGUUCUCUCCUGCUCCCUUGGGAAGCCGUACGGAAAGAGUAUUCCUGAAGCUACGGAACCCUGGCAGUCUUGUUGUGCAGUAUCAUCUACGCCUUCCGAAAGAGGGCACUGUGGAGAUUGAACACUGGGCUGAGACGGGUGCUCCAUCAGCUGAGGAACUACGCUUGAACGCCAUCAUUGACAGUAAAGUAUUCAGCAUCUCGCCUCGACGAGCGACUCUGCUGCCACGUCAAAGCAUUCUCCUGACCCUUUCGUACUCUUACAGCUCAGAGGCUUUCGACGGUGAACACAACCUGCCCUUGUUUUUAGAAGUCGACAAAGGUAAGAAAGUGGUGUUGGAGUUGCAAGGCCGAACACUGAGGAACAAAGAGCCCAAGAUGUUCCUACCAACUCAAGUAUUUCAUCUCUCUCCAGUAACAAUUGGCGAAUUUCGACAAGACUUCCUGCCUCCUCUAGCCUUAAUCUCGAGGAAAAAGAGUGAAGACUACAGUGGUCAACGGGAGCAAUCGCAUUCUCGAAUGGGUAGACCGCCAGUGCAGCAAAUUGAGGUGUUUAAUCGCGGAGAUAGCGCCCUACGCUUAGACAUUGGAAGUGUCUCGUUCAACCAGGUAAACGCUGCAAAUUACGGCUAUCAAGUGCUCACUUGUACCAGCAAUUCUGAAAUUAUUGCAGCCAAGAGCUCAAUAUUCCUGGAUAUCGAGUUUAAUCCGAUCAAAGUGGGCACCAUAGAGGUCCCAUUGCUGCUGAAAGCUCACGGUCUAAUGGGUAAAGGGUAUAAGGAAAUGGUGGAGGUCACUAUCGUCGCUACGGGGUAUCAUCCGAAGCAAUGGACACUGCAGCAAAUGAAAAGAGAGCUGUGGCUUUCAACAGCGCCGCCGACGAAGCAAGCGCUGAGUAUUUCAGAUCUACCGGCGUGUUUUGUAACUGAUUACGUUGACUUUGGUCAUGUUUCAACGCACUCAGAAGUCAACCAGCUUCUUGUUCUGCAAAACGAGGAUACGGAAGAUCCCGGCGUUGUCCCCCGCAGUUUUGUCUUCGAAUGGGACGCGAUGCAUCCACUUGUUGCCAAUGGGACCGUCUUGUUCUCGCCGCAGCGUGGUGAGCUUGGACCUGGGGAGAAGUCGCUUAUUCGAGUUAGUGUUGUUGCAGGAGGUGACGCCUUUGUGGUCAAUCACGACGUUGCGUGCACGAUCACUUACAGUGAAGAACACACGGACAGUAUUAGCAACAACGCAGCGUCACGAAGUCCGACACACUCCAGAGGUCUGCCAACGAAUACGAGUCGAGCUUACGACAACAAGACUCGAAUGUCCAUCAUCCAUCGCUCUACAGCAACACAAGAAGCAGUUGCUGACAAGCGUGGCAGAUCGGGGGCGAAAUUGGCGACACUAAACAGCAGCGACACUCCAUACACGCAGACACCGCUACAACGCAGUAGUCAUAGCAGCUCGCAAAAAGUGUUGUUGCAAUCUCAAUCAACUCGCAGGGGAUCUCCAGAACGAACUGGAAUGAUGUCGAGUAGUGACAGUCGUCAUCUGGAUGUGCUCACUGCUUUGGAGCCGACUCCUCUAUUUGUCCGGAUAUACGCGCACGUGUUGCCACUGGAUGUGAUGGAGAGGAUUUAUCCUUAUGAAGAGCUGAAGAAAAUGCCAUUGCCGACUACGAAGCAGAUUUCGCAUGUACCCACUGUCAGAGAUGCAAAGACUGCUUCGUCCAGUACGAGAGACACACCCACUCCAACUAAGGCGAGUAGAAGACUUAAUAGCAGAGGUCGUACGGAGACCAGCAAUCCUGGUACUGCCUCAGCCUCCUUCAUUGAAAACGAGUCUGACACUGCACAAUGCCGCGAUGUGUUGUACGACGUCAUGGAGACACUACUGAUGGACGUAAUGACAUCCAGUGUGAUCCAAGGGGCCCUGGAAGAGCAGCUCGUGCCGCUUCCGCGCUCUGAUCGGGCGGUUGAACACGCUUCUACCUCGAAAGGGGCCAAGGCCAUUCAACCGCGAGAAUCUCUGUACCACGACGUCCGGCAAAGCGACGACUGCCAGGCGAUUGUUGCGAGUGUGAUGGAGAAUACGGUGUUCAACGUCCUUCAGGAGCUUUUCUACGGAGAUCUGGAGCAGGAACUGCUUUGUGUUCCUAGGAAGACAGUGUUCCCGAGUGCUGCUGGCUCUCCUGUGGCCUCUCACCCACCUGCCGUUGACGCAGAAACCAAUAAGAACAGUCAGUCACUACUCAAAACUUGA